GCACCGCGCCCCAUGAUGUUCCCAACAGCUGACAGACGGUGAAAGCCUCUGCCAGAGAGCUGUCGGUGGAAGAGAGAGUAGCCUCUCGUCGGUAGCCUAACACGGACUGAAAAAUACAUGUCGCUCAUUGCUGGACUUUGGACCGCUUCACAACAAGGGCUGCCGUCGAGUAUCUCGCUUAUGUAAAAAAAAAAAUAAUAAUAAAAACAAACAUUUGGUUUGCAUCCUGACUUUUUUUUUCCCCACCAGAUUGGGAGCUGGAGACAUUUCGCUGCCAGCUAACUUCCACAAUAGGUCGCUGCGUCGCCGGGACUGCUGCAUGUGUUUUAUUUGAGCUUUAACACUUUGACUCCAGAGCCUCUUCCAGCUGUGCCCAAUGCUGAGGAAUGGAUAGUGUGUCUGCUAAAGGUGGGAAGAUGGUCGAGAGUGAUGAGCAGCCGAAGAGGGAUAGCGGCGGCGGUGGCGGCGGCGGCGGAGGUGGCGCAGCGAUGGCCGCACUACAUCAAUGCGAACUCAUCCAGAAUAUGAUUGAAAUCUCCAUCUCCAGUUUACAGGGGCUACGGACCAAAUGCGCCGCGUCCAACGACCUCACACAGCAAGAAAUACGCACUUUAGAGGUGAAGCUGAUGAAAUACAUCUGUAAACAGCUGCAGUGCAAGCAGAAAGUGCCAGAGACGGAGAGGCCCGAGGCCCUGGACAGCUACCCACACUUACGAGACUGGCUACGCACUAUCAACCUGAGACCGGAGCUCAUCGAGGCAGUGGAAGCAAAGUUGUCCUUGGAUGCCUUACUGCAGAUGACAGGUGCUCAGGUGAGAGACACUAUGCGAAGACUAGGGUCCAGUUCAGAAGAAUGUGCCAGGCUCAGUGCUGCCCUCUCCUGUCUGAAGAGUGCCACUGAAUCAGGAGGUGAACUGAGGGAAGACGGCGGCCCCUGGUUGUCUGAGCCCACGAGGAGGGACAGUGGCUCUCUACUGACUGCAGAUCAGCUCACCAACCUAGGGACUCCACUCCGUGCUCACAGUCCCUCGCCUCUCGCCCGCCCAUCCACCAUCCAGUCCACCCCAUCCACCCCCUGCGCUACCUUCCCUCAUCCCCGCUCGGGCUCUGUGUCAGCGGUGCCCACACCCGAGGCGCUGGCGUCGUAUGGCCACUGCGACAGCCCUCUCACAGAUCCAUUCCCGAUGUCCUUAGCCCGCGCGGCUCGGCUCCACGGACACUCUUCCACCCCACCCAUUACUCCGCCCUCGAAGAGGCGUCACCGACUGAAGCCCCCCUGCACCCCUCCACCUCCGUCCCGCAAAGUGCUGCAUCUGCUUCCCAACAUCACCCUGACGCGCAGCAAAAGCCACGAGUCGCAGCUGGGCAACCGCAUUGAGGACCCACCCACCAACAAGUGUGUUAAAAAGAACAAGUUGCUCCUGAAUAUGCAAGUGAACGGGAACGGAUGCGAGGACUCGCCUUCUCGUUACCCCGUCAUGACUGCGCGCACUCCCGGAGUCACCCCGGCUGCCACCACAGCGUCGUACACUCUUCCCGGCACUCCCACCCUCCUGGAAGAGCACAGCACGAUUAAGAAUAACGUAGCAGUCCAUCGCAACUCCCCACAAGCAGUGAGGAGGGACAUAGGCCUAGCAGUCACACACAGGUUUUCAACCAAGUCCUGGCUGUCCCAGACGUGUCAGGUGUGCCAGAAGAACAUGAUGUUUGGGGUUAAGUGCAAACACUGUCGGUUAAAGUGCCACAACAAAUGCACAAAAGAAGCCCCGUCCUGCAGAAUCUCCUUUCUACCAAUCGCCAAAAUUCGGAGGACGGAGUCUGUUCCAUCCGAUAUAAACAACCCUGUGGACCGGCCGGCAGAAGCGCCACAGUUUGGCACACUACCAAAGGCCAUCACGAAAAAGGAUCAUCCACCAGUGCUGAACCAGUUGGACUCCAGCAGCAAUCCGUCCUCCACCACCUCGUCCACACCUUCCUCCCCGGCACCUUUCCAGCAGAGCAACCCCCCCAGCGCCACUCCGCCACCCAACCCUUCGCCCAAAGGCCAUCGGGACAGCCGCUUCAACUUCCCGGACAUCUCCAGUCCUUCUCAUUUGCACCCCGAUGUCCUCCAGGACACUGUCAGUGAGAUAGAGCAAUCUGCGGAUGACAUCCAUGCCGAGCUGGUGGAAGACGAGGAUGAAGAGGAAGGGGAAGAGGAAAUCGAGGUCGAAGAUGACGACCCCGAAGCCGAGGAGGAGAACGAAGACGACGAGGAAGAAAACGAGGACGAAGGGGAAGAUGAGGAUGACGGGGAGGACAUCCGGAUGAACGUGGGCUCAGACGGUGAAUGCGACGAGCUGGAUGAUCUGCCCAGCUCUCGGGGAAACCAGUGGAAGGGCCCCAUCUCGCGCAAGCCGAGCCAGACCAGUGUCUACCUGCAGGAGUGGGACAUCCCCUUUGAGCAGCUGGAUCUCGGAGAACUCAUAGGAAAGGGUCGCUGGGGCAAAGUCCACAAGGGUCGGUGGCACGGCGAGGUCGCUAUCCGACUUCUUGAGAUCGAUGGGAACAAUCAGGACCAUCUGAAGCUCUUUAAAAAGGAGGUGAUGAACUACAGACAGACCAGGCAUGAGAAUGUGGUCCUCUUCAUGGGGGCCUGCAUGGCACCACCCCACCUAGCCAUCAUCACCAGUUUCUGUAAAGGGAGGACGCUGUAUUCAGUCGUCAGAGACACUAAAAACACUUUGGAUAUUAAUAAGACGAGACAAAUUGCCCAGGAGAUUGUGAAGGGCAUGGGCUACCUGCACGCGAAAGGCAUCGUUCACAAAGACUUGAAGUCAAAGAACGUCUUUCACGACACCAAUAAGGUCGUGAUCACCGACUUCGGGCUGUUUGGGAUCUCUGGAGUCGUUCAGGAGGGGAGGCGUGAGAACAAACUUAAACUUCCACACGGUUGGAUUUGUUAUCUCGCACCAGAGAUCGUGCGCAGGAUGAGCCCAGGUAACAACGAGGACCGCCUUCCUUUUUCCACCUCAGCAGAUGUGUACGCCUUUGGCACCAUUUGGUAUGAGCUUCAAGCUAGAGACUGGCCAAUCACCAACCAGCCUGUGGAAGCUACCAUCUGGCAGGUGGGGAGCGGAGAGGGAAUAAAGAAGGUCUUGGCGGAGAUCAGCCUUGGCAAGGAGGUCACUGAGAUCCUCUCCGCCUGCUGGGCGUACGACCUGAGAGAGAGGCCGACCUUCACGCAGCUGGCCGACAUGCUGGAGAAGCUGCCCAAACUCAACCGUAGGCUGUCCCACCCCGGACACUUCUGGAAGUCUGCAGAACUAGCUUCUCCACUUCCUGCUGCCACACGGCGUCGCCGCAACGACUUCGCUCUCGCACCAUGUUUCGCACCCAUUUGAUUUUCGGUGUAAACUCAGCAGUGAAGGGCCACAAAUGAUUUUAAAAGAAGUUCGAAAAUGAAUCGUACCAUGAUUUCUUGAUUUGAACUCACCCGGCCUGACCUAUUUUUAUGUAAUGAAUGUCUUUUAACUAAUCUACGUGUAUGUAAUACCUUGCUGCUUUUCAAAUUGUGCUUUCUUCACUGUUACACUUUCACUAACCGUCUAACGUUUGUGUUUUCCUUUUGCUCUCUCCUCUCUUUUUCUUUUUUUUUUUUCUAAUCUAGGUUGUAGCAGUCGCUCUGAAACAUAAGCAAUGCAAAACAAAGCCUGGGUCUGCCUUGCAUGCUCCUGUAUCCUUAACUCUUACAGGAUUGAUCAAAGCAUUGCCUCUGCCUGAAACAGACACUGCUUCCACUAAUCCACAGUCUGAUCUUCCAUGUUUAACCGUUGCGUUUUCUUGUCGGGAAGAGAGGGAGGAUCGGUGGAGUGAGGUGUGGCAGGGAUGUGGCGGCGGUGGGGGGGACUGUCGUCGUCCUCCUCCGCUUUCCCCUCCUUUUUCGUCUAAUCUCUUUGCCUUCCUUUUUUGGUUUUUGUUCUGUGACGUUGUUCGGGACUCUGAGGCUUGUGAAAUAACUGGCUUGUGGUGUCUGUGCUGAGACUGACUGGUGUGCUGUGGUCCGUGCCUGCUGAUGGCUGCCCUGUCCUCGGCCUGCUCACCUUUCUCUGUGCUGCUGUGAUGUGGUUGUUCUCGCCGGGGGUGGGGGUUGGCGAGCGGGGUGGGGUGCCCUGACCACCCGGCUCUUUUUUUUUUUUUUCUCUGAAACACACACACACACGACGAACACACUGCUGGACAUAAAAAUGGACCCUACUACCAAAUGGACCACUUCAUUUAUCUAUGUUUUCCCUGAGGGGUUGACACACGUUUGACAGGCUGCUUUUGAGUGAUGUUCUCAAACCAACUGCCUCUCUGUUCCUCUCUCUAGGUUUUUAAUGUUUGUGUGAUGGCAUGUGCUGAGAUGGUCACCAGCCCAUGUCUAGACACAAUAUGCACUUUGUCAACAGGAAAAAAAAUAAUAAUAAUCAUGAACUCUUUUUGUUGAUGUUGUUGUUAUUGUUGUUGUUUAGUUUGGUUUUGAAUAGUCAUAUUUGCAGUGUUGUUUUUUUAUUUUAUUAUUAUUAUUAUUUUUCUUCAGGAGGUUCUCAGAGGCUUGGACAGUGUGAUAUGCUCACUUUUAUGUUGUCUUUUUGGAGUAUAACCUGGUAAAUUCACUGUUUUUAUUGGAUGCAUUCGAAAACGGGGCACUGACAGAAGAUUUCUGCACGCUAAACGGCAGUCGAAAUGAAAAAGAAACAGGUGAAAUAUUCCCUUCAUCACUCACAAUCCACAUGGGAAUAAUAAUAAUGCUGGCUUAUUUAUGACUAUUUGAUAAUAAUGUCCAUCCAUUGAAGUUGUAAAGUGCACCUUAUGAGGAUGAGUUAUUUAGAAAGAUCCUUCCUUUUCAAGAAGUUGAGUGAUUUCGUUCUCAGCGCAAAAACAAAAAAAAAAUAUAUAGAUACAACAUAAAAAUCAGGAACCUGGCGCAAAAGUGUCCUAUGACUUCCUAAAACAUUACCUCUUGUGCGCGUUUGUGUAUACUGUUUGUGGUUGCUGGCUUCAGUUGGCGUGCUUGUAUUUAUGUGUCCUGUGUGUGUGCGUGCGUGCGUGUGUGCGUGUGUGUGUGUGGGUGCACAUGCGGCUGCGUGAGCGUACUGUGUUGGAAUACGUAGGUUUUGGUUUUCGUGAAAGACUGCGGUAAAUGUCGUGUUGCAAAUCCAAUGGUAUGUAAUGUACAUACAUUAUUUAAUGUAUAGCAAAUGAACCCGAUUCUUCUAAUAUUUGUAUAAACAUAUUUUAUAUGUAAAAUACAUCAUGACAUUUUUUGAAUAGGUACUGCUAUGGCUAUUACAGAUGUAUAUAUAUUUAUAUUUUUUUCAUGUAUAAAAUACUGUGUAAAAAGCUGUACAAUUUUUUUAGAAUGGGCCAAUACAUGUUUUUUUUAUGUUAUUGUAAAAAUUCAUAUUUUUGUAUUGCAUGUGACUUACCAUUCUGUACACGCAGUUUCUGUUUUCAUCCAUGGAAGACAAUAAAAUGAGGCUUGUCAUGUAA